AUGAAACCAUCUCAUUCCACACGUAAAAGAAGAGGGGAGUCAUGGUCUGAAGACACGAUGAAAGCUGCCAUUAAAGCUGUGCAAAGAGGUCAUUUGACUCAGCGAUCAGCAGCAACAAAGUAUAAUAUUCCGCGAAGAACUUUAAGAGAUCAUUUAAAAACAGGUCAAGAAAUCAAACGUUUGGGAAGAAAGCCUAUUUUAACGAAUGAACAAGAAAAAGAUUUAGCUUCGCGGAUUAAAAGAUUUGCAAGUAUUGGGAUUCCACUAACGCCUAAAUUCAUUAGAAAACAAGCUUUCUUAUUUUGCGAGAGAUAUGAUAUCAAAAAUAAUUUCAAUAAAUCCAAAAGGAUUGCUGGUGUAGAUUGGUUGAGAUUCUUUUUAAAUAGAAAUCCAUCCAUUAGUAAACGAAAACCGCAAAUAAUGAACCCAGCUCGUGCACAAAAGUUGAAUAAACCUAUUGUUCAACAACAUUUUCAGAGUAUCCGCAAAUUAUAUGAUGAGUUAGAUAUACUGCGACAUCCAGAAAGGUUAUAUAAUAUGGACGAAAAAGGAUGUCGAAUAACUGUGCAUAAACAGCAUACAGUUUUGGCUGAAAAAGGGAGCAAAAGGGUUCAUCUCAUUGCCCCGGAACAUGCAGAGAAUGUCACCAUUGCGAUGUGUGUGAAUGCCAUAGGUACAACAAUUCGCGCUAUGAUCAUUUUUAAAGGCCAAAGGCAAAGACCAGAUCUAACAGAAAAUCUACCAGCUGGAACGAUAGUUAGAAUGGCAUCGAAGGGAAGUAUGACUUCAGACCUAUUUGUGGAAUUUAUUCAGCACCUGGCAAAACAUAAAGUCGCUGAUAAAUGUUUAUUAAUUUUUGAUGGUGCAAAGUGCCAUCUAUCAGUUGAGGCGUUAGAUGAAGCUGAAAAAAAUGAUAUAGUUUUGUACUGCCUUCCUUCCAAUACUACGCACGAGCUGCAACCGUUAGACAAAUCGGUAAAUAAAUCCUAUGAGCAUCACUGGGAUGAAGCUGUUCUGAAUUUCCUGUCAGUUAACCCUGAUAGGACAUUGAAAAAAGCCGAUUUCAAUAAAAUAUUUUCGCAAGUGUGGCCCAAAUGUAUGACACACACUAACAUAUUGAACGGAUUCAAAGCAACAGGCUUGUAUCCUUAUAACCCUGAAGCAAUCCCAGAAGAAGCAUUUGCUCCGUCAGUUUUAUCUGAAAUUCCAUAUCCUCAAAAUCAAAACAAACCAAUGCAGAAUCCUAAAUCUGAUGCUAAUGUUGACACUGACUCUGACGAAAAUCAGCGUAAUCUUGAUAUAAACACAUCAAACAUACUGGACUUGACUCCUGAUGAAUUUAAUGUUAUCAACAUUGACGACAAUCUUACUGUGACGCCGCGUACUGAACAGUGUGACAAUCUUCAAAUUUUUUUACCUCAACCAACAGCAUUAAAGGCUCAAAACAUUUCUCGUAUUGUUGAUUAUAGCUCAUCUACUGAUAUUUCUGAAAAUGAAUUGGAAAAUCCUACGCUGCAAGAUUCAUUCCAUAACUUAUGUGUUUCACCUUCCACAAUUCCUGAAAAUUUCUCUGUGUUACCUGAAGUGCCUGCAAACAAAGAAAGCUCUACGGGUAAUGACAUUGAUAUGGCAGUUCCAAGUUGUUCAGGUCUACAAAGACACAUACGUCGAACAUACAGCUCUGACUCGUCUGACAUAGAUAGUUUCAUAAUCAAGCCAUCACAUGAUAAGUUAAAAUAUUCAGUUGAAGAUGUCUAUGGUUGUUCAUCAGAUGAAGAAAAUGAAAUUUUAUCUAUCAUUGAUAAAGGAGUAACUACACCUAAAAAGCAAAUAAUCAAUGUUGCGCAAGAAAACAUAAAUCAAAAAGCAAACCCUGAUGAUGAUAAGUCUUGUUUUUCAGAUGAAGAGAAUGUCCCAUUAUCAAAUUUGAAAAAACCAAGCAAUAAAACAGAAUUUGAAGACUUUUUGCCGACUCCUAAUUACGCUAUAACUAAAACGAACCGUCCACGAAAGAAAGCUCUUAAUUAUAAGGGUCAACGUAUUACUAAAGAUCUCUUUGACAAAAAAGAUGAAGAUAAAAAGAAAACAAAGAAUACCAAUACCAAAGAACAUGAGAAAAACAAGAAAGAUAAGAUUAAAUUAAAAAAUAAAUCAAUAAAAACAAAAGAUAGGUUGCCAAAAAAAGUUAAGUACAUUGCUAAUGAACAAGAAAAUAAAAAGAGGAUUAAUGAAAAAAAGGACGAUGCAGAAGAACAUUGGUACUGCUAUGCAUGUCAUGAAAACAUAAAAUUGGACAUGAGACAAUGUAAAUUUUGCAAGAAGUGGUACCAUGAGGAGUGUGUUGGCCUCACGAAACAUGACGAAGACUUCAUGUGUUCAAAUUGCGAAUAA